ACCUUUGGAGAGGCGCUCCUGGGCUACCCGAGGAGAGUUUGAACCUGGAUCUAAGCAGAAAGCUGAGGUUUCGUGAAUGUGGACAUGCAGAACGGCACCGUCACAACCACCACUGGGGCCCAAUCCCAGAACUGCAGCGUCUCGUACGAGGAGAGCAAGGCAUUUCUGAUCGUGGUGUACUCCACCGUGUGUGCGUUAGGGUUUCCGGCAAAUUGUCUGACCCUGUUUCUAACGUGGAAGCAAGUCAAGCAAAACAACGUGUUGGCCGUAUACCUGUUCUUCUUGUCCGUCUGCGAACUGCUCUACAUCUCCACCCUGCCGUUCUGGAUAAGAUACAUCACCCAAAAUCACAUGUGGGACCUAGGAGAGUUUUCCUGCCAGAUGAUUGCCUUCCUCUUUUUUUGCAACAUCUACAUCAGCAUCUUAUUAUUGUGCUGCAUUUCCAUCGACCGCUUCAGGGCCGUGGUGUUCGCCUUGGAAUCCAGAGGCCUGAGACAGCAGUGGACGGCGGUCCUCCUUUCCGUCUUGGUCUUCGUUUCCGUGGGAUUGGUUCACGCCCCAGUGUUUCAAAUAGCGUCCCAGAACCACACCUGUUUCGAAGCUCUGCCGGUCGACAGUCAGACCGCUAAAUAUUACUACACCAGAUUCGUAGUCGGCUUCGUCGUCCCCUUCGCCAUUAUCGUGUACACAAACUACCGAAUCUUCAGAAGCAUCAAGAAGAGCGUCAGUUUGAAACCCCGCCAAAAGACCAAGGUGAAAUACUUGGCAAUAGCGAUAAUCGUCAUUUUCCUCAUCUGCUUCGCCCCCUACCACGUGGUGAUUCUGGUCCGAGCUUUACACUUUUCCCGCUUCUCGGGGGACAUGUGUGAUUUUGAGAAAAGGGUCUACACUUCCUCGGUGGUCUUUCUGUGUUUAUCCACAGUGAACAGUGUGGCAGAUCCAAUCAUCUACGUGUUUGUCAGCGAAAACUGUAGGAACGAUCUGAGCAGAAUCUUCAGAGGGUGGAAUACUAGUUCUGCCAUCCAGGCCAACAGGGAAAGUACUGGUAUCCUCAGCAAAGAGCUUCAAGAAUUUCAAGAGUCUCCAAGGUCUGAAAUCGCGACCUGCCUUCCACCCCAGUCGUAGUAGUUCUGGGGGCCGGUGUUUGGAGCUUAGCGCCCGGAGAUCUGGUGCUCAGACUUCUCCCUUCAGACACGAAUCCAUCGGCUA